UAUGUCUGAAAAACAAAAUCAACAAAAUCCUAAAAAGGGAGAGCCUUGGAAGCCAAAAGAAAAAUUUGAUAAGAAAGCUAAUAAAAAGAAGUAGGAAUAGGAAUAAGAAUAAGUAGAGGGAAAAUAGGAAACUAAUAAGCCACAAUAAUAAUAAAAUCAAUAGCCAAUCAUCCCAUAAUAAACAAUUGAUUAAUAAUCGAGUUAACCAUAAUUGCCCAUAAAUGAUAAAUAAAUUGCUUUAGCAGAUGCUUCAAAAGAGCCUAAUAAACGAAAAGAUUUUCUUUCACAUCUUCCAAUAUUUUAGGAUUAUACUUCUGUAAGUAUAAAAACAGUAAAAUAAAUUGAUGUAAAGAUUUUAUUGAAUUAUAGCCUUUUACUUUGCAUCAUGCUUUUAUUGAGCUUUGUAUUUAAUAUCAAAAUGGUUAAUGUAUAGGGUCUACUCAUAGAUGUGUAGAAUUUCUUAAUGCUUUGAAAUAAUUUAUAAGGGAUUAUAAGCUAUCAAGACAAUCAAAUUAUUUUGCUAUGGCAUUUUUAGAUGAAUUAAAGGAAAUUUUUAAUUUGAUGAAAAACUUUAGAACAGUAAAUGAAGGAAUGAGCACAUCAUAUUUAUUUAUUAGAGAAUGUUUGAUGAUAUUAAGAGAUACAAGACUUGAUGAAAAUGAAUCAAAAAUUUGGUUAUGUAAUUAGAUUGAUUAAUUUAUUCAAUCAAAAAUAAUUGCAGCAUCAGAAUUGAUUGUUAAAAAUGUAUUUAUAUAAAAUUAAUAUUUUAUAAGGCUACUUAAUUAAUAUAAGAAGGAACAACAAUUUUGGUAUAUGCUAGAUCGUAUUUGAUUGAGAAUUUCAUAAUAAACUAUAUUAAGUAAGGAAAGCAAUUGACCAUUUUUGUAGUAGAUAAUCCUUAAUUUGGAGAAGGAUCAUAAUUAGUAAAUCGACUAUAAUAAUAAGGUAUAUCUUGUUAUCAAAUAUUAUUAUCUCAUGUCAGUUACAUUCUGUCAAAAGUAGAAAUUAAUUAAAAUUAUUUAGGUUGAUAAAAUUCUAGUUGGAGCAUCAUCUAUGUUAUGUAAUGGAGCUUUAGUUUCUAGAGUUGGAACUGCAUUAUUGGCAUGUUUAGCAUCAACUCAUAAAAUACCAUUUUUAGUAUUUUGUGAAAGUUAUAAAUUCUCAGAAAAAAGUCAGAUUGAUUCUUUAUCUUGGAAUGAAAUAGCAUAAUUAUCAUAAGGAAAUGAAAAUCAACAAUAUACUUCUUUAAGUCUCAGAUAUGAUAUAACAUAAUCUAAUUAUAUAAAUAUGGUAUAAGUGAUGAUAUGUUAUUUAAUAGAUAGUAACAGAAGUUGGAUUGAUACCGGCAACUUCUGUUAAAGCAGUGAUAGGAGAAUUUAAAAAGUAUAAUUAUGUGGAUGCAAUCGAAGUUCCAAGAAAAGAAUAAUGACAAUGUGUUAUAGGUAGAAAUCAUAUAUAUAUAUAUCAUAUUAUUCAAUAUCUUCUAUUAAUAUUAUAAAUUUAUAUAUGUUAUAAUUAAAGGUUUCAGCUUUACCAUAAAAUCCACACUUAAUUAACUAAAUUGAAUAAUUCAUAAUAGACUCCAACACUUUGAUAAGAAAUGUAAGUUCUCUCUCUAAAUUAGGGAUAUUAUAGGAAAUGUGUAAUGCAUUUAGAUGGCUAAUAUAAAAAACUCCUACCAAUAGAAUCACCUUUACUUUUGAGGAUAAAAGUAUUGAGAAGAUUAUGUUAUUGUACGAUAAUGUAUUUCAAACUGAAAAUUAACAAAGGUGAAGUUAAUUAAGGCAAAAAUUAAUUCAUUCUUUGGACAAGAUUGUAAUUAUAUCUGAGAGAUUUUCAUGAUAAUAUUUCUCUAUUGAAGAUUUAAUAUAAGAGUAUGUGAUAUUGAAAUUCUUAUUUAGAAAAGUUUUAUACUCAAGAACUGAUAUCUUUAAUAAUUAAGGCUAUAUUGUUUAGAUCUCUUUAUUAUUAAAAAAAUCAAUUAGUAGCCAGAGGUCUAUUAUACUUAAAUUAUUUAUGUGGAACAAUAAUUGAAUAAGCUUUGAUAGAUAAAAUAACGGUUUUCUUAAGUUUAUAAGGGUAAGAUAGUGUUCAUAUAUAAAUUAGAAAAUAUAAUUUGAUUACUGGAAAUAGCUACUUUCAAUUGUAAAACUAUUCGACUGCUUUAAAAUAUUAUCUUAAAGGACUUGAUAUAUAUUAAAGAAAUUUGAUCAUUAUUUAUAAGGAAAUCACUCUUACAUCUUUGGAAGAGAUUAAGAUGACUCUAAAUUAUUAUGUAAUUAAUAAUUAUAUAAAAAGACUAAAGAAAUAAUAUUGUCUUUGUUUUUAAUAGCAUUAGUAUAUGAAUAAAUGAAUGAUUUUCUAAAAUACCAAGAAACCAUAAAAAUUAUGACUUGGGUAGAUUCAAAUUAUUAACCAGAAAAUUCAAUUGGGAAAUUAUAUUUUUAAUAAUGUAUUGAUAAUACCAGAUACAUUUAAUAUGCACUUGAGAAAGCUGAAAUCUCAAAAGUAUUGAAAUAAGCUUUACCAGAAGAGGAGACAUCUAAAGUACCAGGAGAGGAAGAUUAAUUAAAUUAUUACACUAAUUUACUUUAUGAAUUCAGUGAAUUUCCAAAAAUAAGAAAACAAUAUUUUUAUUACGAUAAAUCAUAACUACCUUAUACUUAAGAAAUAGCAGAGAGUGAUACUUAAUUAGAAAAAUCAAGGGCAUUUAAAACUAAUGCCAGUGUUUAGAUGGUCUAUAAAUCAUAACCAAAUGAAAAUGAAUCAACUACAUUAUGUAGGUCUGCUCUAAUGAAAACUAAAAAUUCAGACAAUGGAUUAUCAACAAGAUUUUAAACAGAAUCAGAAGGAUUCUCAUAAACUAUGAUUCAUAUAUAAAAGUAAAAGAAAUUGAAAAAAUAAGUUAAUAAAGAAGAUGUCACAUUAUAAGUGUAUUAUGGAAAGGCAAUUGAGAAGUCAGUUAAAUUAUAAGAAUUAGAAAGUUUAGCUGAAUAACACAAUUAAGAUUUAGUUUAAUAAUAGAUUGACACACUUUCUUUUGAUAAAAAAUUGAAGUUAUCAAAAUAAUAGAUUUGUAAAUAUGUUUAUUAUUUUAAAGAAUUUAAGAAAAUAUUUGGUUGUAUUGAUUUGAAGUAAGGUCCCUUUUAAAUUGAAACAAGAGAAUCAAGAAAGAGACAAUAAAAGUAAUAAGCUAAAAACAUCAAUUAAUUAUAAUCAUUAUUAAGCAUACAAAUUUAGAUUAAAACAAAGACUGAACAAUCUUAAUUGUUAGAGCAAUAUAAUAAAUAAAGAAAAGGAAACUUUUAAUCGGCACCUAAUAUAUUUUAGCAAUUGCAUAACAAACAUAGAUAAAAUAAAGAUAUAAGAGUGUAGGAAAAAUCAAUAAUCACUAAUAAAGAAUUUAGUAAAGAUAUAGGAAGUCAUCAUAAAACCUAAGAUGAAGAACAAUUAAUUAGAUAGAUAAAUAUUAAUACAAAAGAAACAAUUAAAUAAAUGAUGGAUGAAAAAGAAAGUAUAAUUUAAUCAAAACCAUUUUCAACUAGACGAUCAUCUUAAAAUAAUAAUAUUAAGUAUGUAGAUAUAUAAUUUAGAAAUAGUAUAUUAUUUGAAAAACUUAUCUCAAAGAAUGACAAUUUAGCACAUACAACAGAUUAAAUUAGUAAUUCUAAAAAGGUUAAUUCAUUGAAAUCUUUAUUGGAAGUACCUAGAAAUAAUUAAAAUUAAAAGAGAAUGACUACAAUUUUAUCAACUAUAACUCCUAGGCCUACUAGUAAAAUGAGUUCACAUACAAUUUUACCUAUUUGUUGA